AUGCCGUGUGCGGCGAAGGAUUCGCUUCAGAGAGAGCUCAGCUAUCAGGACAGGAUAGAAGAGGGUCUUCUGACUGCCCUGGUGGAAGACCAUGGAGCGGAUGCAGAGGACCGGCGAUCGGUGCGAGGGAUAACAGGCGCCGCAGUCGAGAACGUGGUUUGCGGCACCACAACAGAGGAAAGCGGCGGCAACCUUCGGUUGGCGACAAGUGCGGCCAGUUAG